ACCAAAGUAUCGAACCGAACCGUGAAUUUUGUGUAUCGUUGCACCCCUACUAGGCACUGAUGCCACAGGUGGCUGGGUGGAGUCCUGAGUGGUUCAGGGCCUCCACCUCCUGUAGACUCAAUGAUGUAGCAGCACACAGCCCUGAGGCCUGUCUGGGUCUAAAAUCGCCUGCUGCUUGUAGUGAGGUGAAGUGGUGCAAUACACCCUUUGCUCUUUAACGUGACGCAUGUUGAAACUACAGGGUGCUGAAGGCGGACUACAAAAACUAAAUCCUCUUCGAUUUGUGGAGAUGAUAUGAACGAGGCUGGCGUUGAGAGGAGGAGCGUCUGGGGUCGUAUUCACCGACGUCAGCACAAACACUUCUUUGAAUCCUGAGGCUCAGUUUGUCUGAAAUCUGUGGUGUAUGUGAGUCAAACACUCAGGAUUUACCGAAUUCAAUCAAACAUCCUGCGCGUGUUGUGGUCGCUGCUGCUGGGACGGUUCAGCAUACGGGGACACUGAGUCCGACUGCACCAUGUUCACCUCCACCCACACACGCUGAACUUUGUCCUCAUAAAUAUCAGCAGCUGUAGGUCUGCUUCCACCUUAAAAUACGUUAAGGACUGAGUGCCAUCUCUCUCUCUUAUUGGAGCUGACCUGUCAGUAACCAUGGAGACCACAGCUGGACACAGCAUCGCAGCUCGUCACGGGAGGCCAGAUUAUUUACGAUGAUGCUCGCGCGGACGUUUUCGCUUUGUGUCACACGCAGAAGGAAAACACACCUGCAGGGCCAAGCUCCAAUCAGAGAGCUGCGCCACUGCACAGUCAGAGUGGGAGGGGAGGUGGAGGGCAGCUGCUCUGCUUGCAUUGAUGUGAGGAAAUGAUUCGAUUCAUCUUCAUAAAUGUCACGCCUCCUCCCGUUUGCUCCAAAUGUCACCUCAGCUGCUUUCAUGCGACUGUCAGAUAUCUCCUGGCCUCCUCCUCCUCCUCCUCCUCCCCCUCACCACCUCCCCCUCCUUGCCUCCUUAGAUUGGAGAAGUUUGGUUUUAAAGGCGACGAGGAGGAGGAGGAAGAUGAAGGUAUCACCUGCAAUCAGCUCAUAAAGCCUCAGGAACAAAGCAGCCGCGGCUCCUCCCGAUGCAGCUUUCAUUUCCUGUGUGGCAGGAAAUUGUCUCCGCACGCUGAUAACCGCGGCUGCCAUCAUGGCCGUUUAUCAGCCAACCAUCAGCCGUCCAUCACCUGCCCGCCCACAGGUUUAAUAGAGGACUCCGCUCCUCUGUGCCCACAGCUGAUGAAACCUCAAACUGAAGUUUAAGAUCUGAAACGACCAAUCAGAGCACGGCGCCAUUCCAGACUCAAAGCUCAUUAGGCCGAGAGCUGCAGAUGUUUACAGUCGAACCAAACCACCCUCUCUGAUGUCUGGCAGUCGGGGGGGCGGGGCCACAGCAGGAUGUACAGGUGUGUCUCUGAGCUGCUAUGUGUGCUCUAAUGAUGUCACUCUGCUGCCAAAGUCUCCGCCCACCUGGAGACUGCUGUGGGUGGAGCUUACCCCCCCCCCCCCCCUCCUGGGGGAGUAUUUUUGAGGAGGCGGGUCGGCAGCGGCUCACAGCUCCAGCAGCAUCAGCAGCAGCAUCCUCCUCUUCGUCCUCCUGAGCGGCGGCAGAGCGACAGGCUGGAGUCCUGGUACUCGUACACUCACUGGUUCCCGAUGGCGUCGGGCCACGUGAUGAAGGACGAUGGCGAACCCAUCCCCAGGAUGCAACCGGCUAUGAUGAUGUUCUCCAGCAAGUACUGGUCGCGGCGCGGGCUGUCGCUGGACUCGGCCAUGUUUGACCAGCAGCAUCAGCGGCAGCGGCACACCGGCGGACAGAUGUCGAGGCGUCCGUCCUUCUGUCCCAUCAACGAGAAGCCGGACAAAGAGGGCACAGAGGAUUCUGGGAAAACGGCAGUGGUGUUUUCUCUGAAGAACGAGGUCGGCUGUCUGGUCAAAGCUCUCAGACUGUUUCAGGAGAAGCACGUGAACCUGAACCACAUCGAGUCUCGGAUGUCGAAGCGAGUUCCUAACGAGGUGGAGAUCUUUGCAGACUGCAGCUGCAGCAAGAAAGAGUUCAACGAGCUGCUGGAGCAUCUCAAAGACCACGUCAACAUCGUGUCCUUCAAUACGCCAGCACAUGUGUGGUGUGCUGAAGCAGAUGAAGACGAGGUUCCCUGGUUUCCCAUGAAGAUCUCCGAGUUGGAUCAGUGCUCUCACAGAGUGCUGAUGUACGGGUCCGAGCUGGACGCCGACCAUCCCGGGUUUAAAGAUAAUGUUUAUCGCCAGCGCAGGAAGUACUUUGUGGAAGUGGCCAUGAAUUAUAAGUUCGGGCAGCCCAUCCCUCGUAUUGAGUACACGGAGGAGGAGGUGAAGACGUGGGGCGUGGUGUUCAGAGAGCUGACCAAACUGUAUCCGACUCACGCCUGCAAAGAGUACCUGAAGAACCUGCCGCUGCUCACUGAGCACUGUGGCUAUAGAGAGGACAACAUCCCGCAGCUGGAGGACGUCUCACUAUUCCUCAGAGAGCGCUCUGGCUUCACCGUUCGCCCGGUGGCAGGUUAUCUGUCUCCCAGAGACUUCCUGGCUGGUUUGGCCUACAGAGUCUUCAACUGCACUCAGUACAUCCGGCACAGCACCGACCCGCUCUACACCCCCGAGCCAGAUACGUGUCACGAGCUGCUGGGUCACGUCCCCCUACUGGCUGAUCCAAAGUUUGCCCAGUUCUCUCAGGAGAUCGGUCUGGCCUCCCUGGGAGCGUCUGACGAGGACGUUCAGAAACUCGCCACAUGUUAUUUCUUCACCAUCGAGUUCGGACUGUGCAAACAGGACGGUCAGCUGAGAGCUUAUGGAGCCGGUUUACUGUCGUCUAUUGGAGAGUUGAGGCAUGCCCUGUCUGAAAAGGCAUGUGUAAAGAUGUUUGACCCGAAGACGACCUGCAACCAGGAGUGUCUCAUCACCACCUUCCAAGAGGUUUACUUCGUGUCGGAGAGCUUCGAGGAGGCCAAGGAGAAGAUGAGAGAGUUUGCAAAGACGAUAAAACGCCCGUUCUCGGUGUACUACAACCCGUACACUCAGAGCGUCGACCUGCUCAAAGACACCCGCAGCAUCGAGGACGUGGUGCAGGACCUGCGCAGCGACCUCACCACUGUGUGCGACGCCCUGGGGAAGAUGAACACCUAUAUGGGCAUCUGAAGCUGGGGACGCACCACCAAGCUUCUGCAGAACAUCAGCCGCCAUCACGCGUCCAUCUACGCCUCUGAGUCCAAUGUAGCAACCACAGGAAGUUAUUAGCUAUCAUACCGGCUCAUAGUCUGUAUCACAGCGCCACGAAUCCAUCAAUGACGACUUACUGACCAGGUCAAAGGUCACCGAGACCAUGCCCAAGCAUCUGCAGGUGUUUCCUCAUGAAGGCAGAUCCAGGACGAGGAACGCUCCCUGUAAGGCUUCCCACGCCGAUCCAAAGCUGCGUUCACACGAACCACAGAGCAAAGUUUCACCUCGCUGUGUGCAGCAUUCACGUCCCCGUGUUGCUCCGUUUGACUGCCUGCAAAGAGUCAAAGGCCUGUUUUUGACACUUUCAAGCCAUCUACGUUCGUCUGAAUCCCGUCUCUUUCGCUGCAUUUCGGGCUGAACUGCUGAAAAGCAUGGCGGCGGUUAGCUCAGUACGAUCAGCUCAUCAGAGCAAGAUGUCGUGAGUAAGAAGGAUGUCCAAUAAGACCCUCGCACAUUGACUCACCUCUUUCAAAACCCCCUUCAGCCAACCGCCAUCCAUCGUAGAAAUGAACUUUUGGUAAAUUUUUGCCUCGACAACUUGUUUCUCCUUUACUUUGGCGCCAAACUGCACAGGCAACCAUGGCACUCUCUCAGCUGUGUGAUGGAUCCACAGUUUGGCUCAAAGUGCGACUCCCGCCUCAUUCGCGUUGCGAUUCCUCUGGCGUCCGUCUGAGCUCUCUCCAUACUUCCUGCCAGCAGGAUCGGGUGAAUACAUUGUUUAUUGGAUCAAAACGCAUUCGCCUCUCUUCUUGUUGUCUCGUUUUCGAUGUCACAGCGUGAAAGCUUCCCUUCGUGCUUGGUGUGAACGCUCCGUCUGAAGGUCCUCCCCUCUGAUGAGCUUUGAGGUCUCGUGACUAUAGAGCAUCAGUGAGUCAUGUGAUCUGACUGAGGGUUUGUGUGAUUUGUGGACUGAACAGGCGGUGCUCUCAGCUGAUUGGCCGCGGCUGACUGAACUUCCUGUGCUGCUGUGUUGCUUCUGUACACGCCUGUAAAUGAUGGACCAUUAAAGCUCCCGAGUGUCGCA